UCCUGGGACAUCGACCUCAAGGCAUGCGACCUCAAGCAGCAGCUACAGCUGUUCAUAACUCGACACUCCGCCCACUUCUCCGCUGAGGUCAGAGGUCAAAGGACUCUUUACCACAGAAGUGAUGUCUUAGAGACUGUGGUCCUUGUCAACCCUUCUGAGGACACGGUUGCAUCAGAGAUCCAGUCUCUAGUGACAGACUCAGCAGGACACAAGCUCCUGGUCUUGAGUGGCCAGAACUCAGAUCACGGUGACCUUCUUCUUCAAACUGGGGUUUUCACCUACCAGAAUUUUUCUCGUAUCUUCGCUGAUCCUGGGGUGAGUGCUUUACUGGGCACAGCAGCCCCCAAGCAGCAGGCAACACUUACUGUGUCCUGCCGCGGGGAGGUGGGCUGGAGCUCCUUCGGGCAACAGGAGCACUUGCGGGACUUCCUGGAAUACAGACUAAACCCUGAACCUGUGUUCCCCAAGAUGGAGGGUGUCACUGAGUUCACAGAGUACAUAUCUGAGACAGUUGAUGUCCCAUCACCAUUUGACCUCCUGGAACCACCCACUUCUGGAGGUUUCCUGAAACUGUCCAAGCCUUGCUGCUACAUCUUCCCUGGUGGGAGGGGAGACUCUGCUCUCUUUGCAGUGAAUGGCUUCAAUAUCUUGGUGGAUGGAGGUUCUGAGCGAAGAUCCUGCUUCUGGAAGCUGGUCCGUCACUUGGAUCGCAUUGACUCAGUUCUGCUCACACACAUUGGCGCUGACAAUCUCCCAGGCAUCAACGGUCUUCUUCAGAGGAAGAUAGCAGAACAGGAGGAGGAGCAUUCCCAAGGCUCCACCACCUACAGUGACUGGAUGAAAAACCUUAUAUCGCCAGAGCUGGGAGUAGUGUUCUUCAAUGUGCCAGAGAAGCUGCGCAUGCCUGAAUCUAAUCUCAAAGUCAAGCGCAGUAUUGAAGAGGCCUCACUCACCCUGCAGUACCUUAACAAACUUGGAAUUAAGCCAGAGCCUCUCUUUCGAGUUGUUAGCAACACUAUUGAGCCCAUCACCCUGUUUCACAAGAUGGGAGUGGGCAGGUUAGACAUGUAUGUUCUGAAUCCCGUAAAGGACAGUAAAGAGAUGCAGUUUUUAAUGCAGAAGUGGGCUGGUAACAGCAAGGCCAAAACUGGUAUCAUUCUUCCUAAUGGAAAAGAGGGUGAAAUAUCUGUGCCAUACCUGACAUCAGUUACAGCCUUGGUUGUUUGGCUCCCGGCCAAUCCUACAGAAAAGAUCGUUAGAGUGUUGUUCCCUGGGAAUGCACCACAAAACAAGAUCUUGGAGGGUCUGGAAAAAUUAAAGCACCUUGACUUUUUGCGCUAUCCUGUAGCCACACAAAAGGACAUUGCUUCAGGACCUUCUCCUUCUGUCAUAAAACAGACAAAGCUAAAGCAAAGAACAGAUAGCAAAGAAAGCCUUAAAGCAUCACCCAAGACCACUGCAAAGGCCCAAAAGAAAGAAAUCGAUGGACAAGAUGAUGUGUCAGCUGCCACAGAAGCAAAGAGUGACUCUGUAAAGGAAAAUAAGGAGGAGAUAAAAGAGGAGAAAAAAACUACCAAAACUCUGAAAUCCAAGACUGAGUUGCCAGAGAAGAAGAAGCUCUUGAAAGAAAAAUCCUUAAAAAAACAUUCCAAGGAGAGGCCAUCAAAAAUGGAUGAGAAAAAAGACAAGGAAAAGAAAGACAUCAGAAAAGUAAAGAAAGAUGAAGCAAUCAAAAAAGAUGAAAAGAAAGAUGGCAAGUCCAAAGAGGACAAAAGAAAAGAUGCCUCCAGACCUGAGCUACGGAAGAUCACAAAACCUGACCUAAAACCCCUGACACCAGAGGUGAGGAAGACACUACAUAAAGCUAAAGCGUCAAGUAAAGCCAAGACUGGCAAAGUUAAAGUAGCCAAAGUGGAGCCAUCUGAACCAAAAUCCAAAGGGCCCACAGCUGAAACCAUUGAGCCUGAACCACUACAGAAUGGAGCUGUUGAAAGUAUGUCUGCUCCUUCAACUCCAGAAGACCUAACAAAAGAAUUUGAGGAACUGAAACAAUCAGAAGUUGUAGCAGUAUCCUUUGAGCCACCUGAAACUGAUGAUGUUGCAUUGGACCAAACAACACAAAUAACUACCCAAGAGGAGGCGGAAUCACAAGAAACUAUGUCAGAAAUGCCAUCUCGUGCAAAGUCUCCUGAGAAGGAAAUGCUGGCCUCAGAUGUCAAAGCUCAAGCUAAAGCUGUAGAGAAAGACAUAACACAAGAGCAAGAGAAAGAAUUAGAAACAGAGGAGGCUGAAAAAUUUGAGGACGAGGGAGCUGCCAUUGAGGAUGAAGAAGAGGAAGAGGGGGAAGAAGAAGCCCAGACAGGUGAAAGGAAAAUGUCAGAAGAAGAGGAGGAUAUGGGGAUUGGUGAGGAGGAAGAUGAAGCUAAAUGGAAGGAGACAAAAGAUAGUGUCCCAGACAGGAAACAUGAGGUUGAGGAAAUGGAGAAAUCAGACAAACUCACACCUAGUUUGGAAAAAAAAGAGGAGGUUAAAAUGGCUCCACCUGAGGAAGAAGAGGAGGCUGGUGAAAAAGCAGAGCUGGAGGAGGUAGAGGAUUUAGAUGUAAUAGCAGAUGAAGAGAUCAAAUUCAAACCUCAAGAUGCUGAAGAAGGAUACCUGUCUCAAGUGGGAGGGGCCACUGCUCCCAUAACCUCAGUGGCACAAGGUGCUGCUGCAGCGGAACCUGUGUCCUACAUCCAAGAUGAGACCAUUCCUGGCUACUCAGAGACAGAGCAGACCAUCUCUGAUGAAGAGAUUCAUGAGGAGGCAGAGGAUAGGAUACCGCACCUUCAGUAUGAUGUUGGUGCCUAUGACAUCUCUGUUCCAGAUCAGACAGGUUCAUUUGUAAACAUUCACGGCAUGAAGGAGAUGCAAGUGGCAGCCAUGUCUGAUAAAGGUUUAAUGCCAGGGGUACAAGAGCAAGUAUCUGUGUUCACCAACAUAGUGGCUGCUCCUUUAGCAGAAGAAGAGCAUGUGUCUUCUGCGACAUCCAUUACAGAGUAUGACAAGUUGUCCUCCUUCCCUACCUCAAUUGCUGAAGACCAGUCAGCGGCAUCUGUUACAGCACCCCAGACCGAUGAAGCAGGCAAAAGUUCCUUGGUUAUGGAUACAGUAAACAGUGUUCACCUCUCAACCCCAACUGAUGCCAUACAGGGCAAGGAGUUCCCAUACUCUGCUGAGACCAUCUCACCAACCUCCCCUUUGGAGGAUGACAAGUACUUUAAGUCUCCAUCUGACUCCCAGUUAGGUGAUGCUGAACUUGAGCCAGAGGUUCAGAUCCCAGUAGCUCAUGUUGAGGAGGAGGAAGAAGAGGAAGAUGAGGACCAAACUCCUAACAUUGACAUGUCAAUUGAAAAACUUCAAGAGGGCUAUGCUUCACUCCAAAAGGCCCAUGACCAGGAGAAAGAUAUUGAAAAGCUCUCUGGCUCAGUGUCACCAGUUUCAAAAACAAUUCUGGAUACCAAACCAAUCCAUCCAACAGCUGAAGAGGAGUGUAUUCAUACAGUUGCUCCAAAAGAUAUAUCAUCUGCAGUGCUCACUAAACCUUUUGGAUCAGAUUCAAUCACUUCAGAGAGUGAAGAGCGUUGCUUCAGUCCAGAUGAUAGUACUGUUAAAAUGGCCUCACCUACACAGUCUGGACCCCCUAGUGCAGCUCAUUCCCCACUUCGCCAGUCACCAGUGGAAGAAAAGUUGAAGGGCUUUCCUGAACCAAAGCCUCAAAAGCAAGCGCAGGUCCCUGCUCUAGUGACAAAAGCUGAAGAUGAAAAGAAAGAUGCACCAGAAAUAGAAGAGCAAACAAAACAAGUGGGCAUUGAUAUACAAAAGGCAGAAGUGAUCAGUAAGGAUGAGUCAGAAGCAUUAACACAUUUGGACAAAUCAGUGGAGAAAGACUUUAAAGAAGUUCCAACCACAAAAGAGCCAGAAAAAGACACAAAAUCCAUGUCAACAGAUAAAGGCAAACAAGAAGACACAGUACCUCUUACAGAUGCUUCUGUAACUCUUGAAGUUGAAGCAGCAAUGCUGGGGAAGUACAUUGACAAGUACAUUGCUGCUGAGAAGGUAGAAUGUGAUGAUGUCCAUCAAGAGAAAGGACCAAAAGUGCCUGCACCAUGUAAAUUCCCUGAGAGGGAGAGCCGAUUCCUAGAUGACGAUGAUGACAAAGUUGGUGAUGAUGAUCGUGGUCAUGAAUCUACAGUAAAAGUUGUCAAGGAGGAAAAGGAGGAAGAAACCAAGAAGGAUGAGACUUGUCAUGUCAAACAAAAUAAGGAUGACCAGAAGGAGAAAGAUUCCACACAAGAUAUCAAAUCCCUCAAAGAUGAAGUAAAGGAAAUGAAAGAGGUUAGCAUGGCCAUUGCUGAGCCCAUUAAAAUGGAAGAGAAGAAGGAGCCAGAAGAAGACAGUACUUUAGAUGUUAGACCUAUAAGGGAUGAGCAGAUCAAAAAAGACCAUACUACAGAUAUCAAGCCGAUCAAAGAUACGAUAGAAGAAAAAGAAACAAUAAAGGAUGACAUGGUCAUUACUGAACCCCUAAAAGAGGAGGAAAAGAAAAAUGAGAUGGAAAAAGACAGUACUUUUGACAUUAUAAAUAAGACAGACGAGCAAAAGGAGAUUGAAAAGGACCACUUCACUGAUAUGAAGCCCAACAAAGAUGAGAUAAAGGAGAAAGAGAUGAAGAAGGAUGAUAUGGCUGUUGCUGAGCCCUUUAAAGAAGAGGAGAAAGAGAAAGUGACUGAAAAGGAUGAAACCUCUGAAAUUGAACCUAGAAAAGUUAAACAGGAAAAACAAAUGGAGAUGGACAUUUCUGACACCAAACCUAUCAAGGAUGAGCAGAAGGAGAGGGAAAAAGGCACAACAAUGGAUGUCACUCCUGCUGUCAAAGCCACCAAAGAAGAGGAAAAGACACAUAAAGAUGUUAGCGCUGACAUCAAACACACCAUAGAAGAAGAAAAGGAACAAGAGACCAGUAAAGACACUACAUCUAGUAUCAAACCUGUCAAGGUGGAGGAAAUGGCUAUAGACACAACAAUGGAUGUCACUCCUGCUGCCAAAGCCACAAAAGAAGAGGAAAAGACACAUAAAGAUGUUAGCGCCGACAUCAAACACACCAUAGAAGACGAAAAAGAACAAGAGACCAGUAAAGACACUACUUCUAGUAUCAAACCUGCCAAGAUGGAGGAAAUGGCUAUUGACACAACAAUGGAUGUCACUCCUGCUGCCAAAGCCACCAAAGAAGAGGAAAAGACACAUAAAGAUGUUAGUGCCGACAUCAAACACACCAUAGAAGAAGAAAAGGAACAAGAGACCAGUAAAGACACUACUUCUAGUGUCAAACCUGCCAAGGUGGAGGAAAUGGCUAUAGACACAACAAUGGAUGUCACUUCUGCUGCCAAAGCCACUAAAGAAGAGGAAAAGACACAUAAAGAUGUUAGCGCCGACAUCAAACACACUAUAGAAGAAGAAAAGGAACAAGAGACCAGUAAAGACACUACUUCUAGUGUCAAACCUGCCAAGGUGGAGGAAAUGGCUAUAGACACAACAAUGGAUGUCACUACUGCUGCCAAAGCCACCAAAGAAGAGGAAAAGACACAUAAAGAUGUUAGCGCCGACAUCAAACACACCAUAGAAGAAGAAAAGGAACAAGAGACCAGUAAAGACACUACUUCUAGUGUCAAACCUGCCAAGGUGGAGGAAAUGGCUAUAGACACAACAAUGGAUGUCACUCCUGCUGCCAAAGCCACUAAAGAAGAGGAAAAGACACAUAAAGAUGUUAGCGCCGACAUCAAACACACUAUAGAAGAAGAAAAGGAACAAGAGACCAGUAAAGACACUACUUCUAGUGUCAAACCUGCCAAGGUGGAGGAAAUGGCUAUAGACACAACAAUGGAUGUCACUCCUGCUGCCAAAGCCACUAAAGAAGAGGAAAAGACACAUAAAGAUGUUAGCGCCGACAUCAAACACACUAUAGAAGAAGAAAAGGAACAAGAGACCAGUAAAGACACUACUUCUAGUGUCAAACCUGCCAAGGUGGAGGAAAUGGCUAUAGACACAACAAUGGAUGUCACUCCUGCUGCCAAAGCCACCAAAGAAGAGGAAAAGACACAUAAAGAUGUUAGCGCUGACAUCAAACACACCAUAGAAGAAGAAAAGGAACAAGAGACCAGUAAAGACACUACUUCUAGUGUCAAACCUGCCAAGGUGGAGGAAAUGGCUAUAGACACAACAAUGGAUGUCACUUCUGCUGCCAAAGCCACCAAAGAAGAGGAAAAGACACAUAAAGAUGUUAGCGCCGACAUCAAACACACUAUAGAAGAAGAAAAGGAACAAGAGACCAGUAAAGACACUACUUCUAGUGUCAAACCUGCCAAGGUGGAGGAAAUGGCUAUAGACACAACAAUGGAUGUCACUCCUGCUGCCAAAGCCACUAAAGAAGAGGAAAAGACACAUAAAGAUGUUAGCGCCGACAUCAAACACACCAUAGAAGAAGAAAAGGAACAAGAGACCAGUAAAGACACUACUUCUAGUGUCAAACCUGCCAAGGUGGAGGAAAUGGCUAUAGACACAACAAUGGAUGUCACUCCUGCUGCCAAAGCCACCAAAGAAGAGGAAAAGACACAUAAAGAUGUUAGCGCCGACAUCAAACACACCAUAGAAGAAGAAAAGGAACAAGAGACCAGUAAAGACACUACUUCUAGUGUCAAACCUGCCAAGGUGGAGGAAAUGGCUAUAGACACAACGAUGGAUGUCACUCCUGCUGCCAAAGCCACCAAAGAAGAGGAAAAGACACAUAAAGACGUUAGCGCCGACAUCAAACACACCAUAGAAGAAGAAAAGGAACAAGAGACCAGUAAAGACACUACUUCUAGUGUCAAACCUGCCAAGGUGGAGGAAAUGGCUAUAGACACAACAAUGGAUGUCACUCCUGCUGCCAAAGCCACCAAAGAAGAGGAAAAGACACAUAAAGAUGUUAGCACCGACAUCAAACACACCAUAGAAGAAGAAAAGGAACAAGAGACCAGUAAAGACACUACUUCUAGUGUCAAACCUGCCAAGGUGGAGGAAAUGGCUGUAGACACAACAAUGGAUGUCACUCCUGCUGCCAAAGCCACCAAAGAAGAGGAAAAGACACAUAAAGAUGUUAGCGCCGACAUCAAACACACCAUAGAAGAAGAAAAGGAACAAGAGACCAGUAAAGACACUACUUCUAGUGUCAAACCUGCCAAGGUGGAGGAAAUGGCUAUAGACACAACAAUCGAUGUCACUCCUGCUGCCAAAGCCACUAAAGAAGAGGAAAAGACACAUAAAGAUGUUAGCGCUGACAUCAAACACACCAUAGAAGAAGAAAAGGAACAAGAGACCAGUAAAGACACUACUUCUAGUGUCAAACCUGCCAAGGUGGAGGAAAUGGCUAUAGACAUAACAAUGGAUGUCACUCCUGCUGCCAAAGCCACUAAAGAAGAGGAAAAGACACAUAAAGAUGUUAGCGCCGACAUCAAACACACCAUAGAAGGAGAAAAGGAACAAGAGACCAGUAAAGACACUACUUCUAGUGUCAAACCUGCCGAGGUGGAGGAAAUGGCUGUAGUGAUUUGUAAAGAUGAUAUUCCUACUGCAAAACCAACCAUAGCAGAAAAGGAGGAAGGGAUGAGUAAGGAUGAUAGUUCUACUGCUGGAUUUACUAGUGUGGAGGAACAGCUAAAAAUGAUGAACACUGUUGAGAUUUCUGCUUUGAGGCCAACUGAGAAAGAACAAGAAAAAGAGAAAUUUAUGGAUGAUACUUGUGCCAUUAAACCAAUAAUAGAAGAAUCGAAAGAGCAAGAAACAAGUAGGGAUACUACCUCUGUUAUCACAGAGGAAGAGAUUACAAUGACUUAUAAACAGGAUAUUUCGGCUGUCACUCCAUCUAUGAAAGAAGAAAUGAUCAGUAAAGAUGAUAGUGUUGAAGCCAAGCCCACCACUCUUGAACAAAAGGAUAAAGGAAUUGGUAUAGCUGAUAUUUAUGCUGUCAAAUCUUCCCUAGAAGAGGGAAUGGAGAAAGGGAGCUAUGAGGACACUUUGACUGUCAAAUCAACCCAAGAAGGGGAAGUGACAUGUCAAGAAGACGUUGCUGAGGACAAACCUAUUAUGGCAGACAUUAAAGAUACGACAAUUAAGGAUGCAAUUUGUCAUGAGAAACCCAUCAAAGACGAGCCAGCACUUUCUGAUCUAAAACCAAUCAUAAAUGAGGAAAAGACAGAUACCGGUGAAUACAUCACCUCUGAUAAGGAACCCCUCAAGAAGGAGGAGGAUGAGGUAGAGACAGGAAAAGAUGCUACCUCUGUUGUUAAACCCACAAAGGAGGAAGAGGAAAGGGGAAAAGAUAUGUAUAUUGACAUUUCUGGUAUCAAAUCUGUCAAGGAAAAGAACGAGAUAGAGACAGUGAAAGAUGACACUCAUGUAAUCAAAACUAUGGAGGAUGAACUGGAAAAGGGCAAUAUUUCUGAUGUGAAACCUGUUCAAGUGCAAGACGAACUGGAAAAGGGUGACACUGCUGACUACAAACCAGCCAUCGAUGAUGACAAAGAUAUGCUGGCAGAAAAGGAUGAGCAGAAGAAGGAGAAAGAGAGAGAAGAGAAACCUGCUGAUGUUGAUAAAACCCAGGAAGUGAAAGAGAAAGAACAUAAAGUUGAAAUUUUCAAGGAUGAAAUGAUAGAUAAAGUCAAAGAGGGUAGUUAUGAACCAGAACCCUUGAAAAAGGACGAUAAGGGCAUGUCAAGGGUCAUCUUAACAGAGGGGGCAGAGAAGGACAUGCACAUUCCAGCAGACAGCACCAAAGAUCAGCAAAAAAUGACCGAUGAAGAUUACGUUCUCAAGUUUGAACCCAUUGAAGAUGAGAAAAAAGAAAAAGAUAUUCUCAUUCCUGAAGCCUUAAAAGAAGACAAGACUGAAAAGGAUACUAUUUGUAAGGUUGAUACCACUAAGACAGGUGAAGAGAUUUCUGAAUAUAAGCUUAUGGAAGUAGCAAGAGAGAAAAAAGCUUUUGAUUCUGCACUGACAAAGGAGGAGCAAAGCUUUAAAGAAAAAUUUGAAACUAAAUUAAGGGAAGACCAGGAAAAACAUGAAGGUGACAUCUCUGCGGCUACCCACCACAUCCAGGAAGGCAAAAAUGAACAGGAUAAAAAUUCAGUGGACAUUGGUAGUCAAGAAGAGAAGAUGGAGAAAGAAAAAGAUGACACCCAUGUGGCUGAACUGACCAAGGAACAAAAGAUGGAAAAGGAACAAGAAAAAGACACUUAUGAGACUGAGGAUAUCAAAGGUGAAACAGCAACAGAAAAAAUGUUGAGAGACAAGGGUGAUAUUGCUGAUACAAGAGAUGAGGCAACUAAGAAAGAACAGUAUGACCUAUAUGAUGUUGACCACACAAGAGAGGAAAAAUGGGAGAAAGAGGAGUUGCAAGAGAAAGACCUGGACAAGGCCAUCAAACAGACUGCACAAAUAGUAGUAGGAGAACCAAUGAUGCAAUCUAAAUCAGAAUCCAAGACCACAUUUCUGGUACAGUCCUCAGAUGAGGACAGGGAAGAGGAGGAGGAGGAAGACAUUUGCAUGGGAGGUGCAGGCUCAAGACCUUUAUCAGUGGAACUGAGAAAAUCUGACCAUGACAUUACAUCUGCAGGUCUUCUUUCAUCUCAAACUUCACAGAAAGAGCCUGGUGACCAAACAAAAGAAGAUACACCUGAAAAGAUUGCAAUAAUGAUUCCUACACUCACAAUGCAGGAGCCUUCUAUCGAUGAAGACGUCAAAGAUUUGGGAGAAGAACACAGACUAUCGCCUGAAACAGAAGACGACUUUAUAAAAACUAAGACCACACCCACAUCACUUGCCAUGACAGACCCAUCCGUUUCUACUACCACAAUAAAAGAAGGACAAACCAUGAGCCCUAUAAUUUCUAAAGAACAACCUGUUACUGAUUUCCCUAUCUCUAAAGAUGCACCAGUCUCAGACUCCAGCCCUGUAGAAAAAAGGCAUAUGUUAUCAACAUUAUCAAGCACUGACAGCCAACCCAGGAGUUCAACACUAUCAAGCACUGAAAGCCAAUCGAGUAUGGAGGAAACUCCUCUGUCAGAGAAACAGAAACCAGCUCUGAUGAGUUCAGCACUUGUUCCUGAUGAAAAGACUCAAAAGGACUCUGAAAAAGAGCAUGGGAAACCAGGCAAGGAGGCAGAGAGAGAAAUGGAGGGAGAGCGAGAGGUGGCUUCACCAGGACUAUCACAGCACUGCCCAUAUUUUACAUUGGAUAAAGAUUCAGAAGACAUCCGAGGGGUAACUGAAGAGGCUGAUGCUGCAAAAACAGCUACUGCCACAGUAAAAGCAGCAGAUGUUGAUGAAAUUAAUCCAGAGAAGGUGGUGGCUUGUGGAAGCCUACAAGAAGAGAAGCAAACCCUUGGUCCAUCCAAAUAUGAUCCAUAUGAAAAGCCUGUCCUGAAAGAGCAAGAUUCAGGCUCCAGAGGAGAAAGUGAAGUUUCCCUAGGUUUUGAUCAUGUACCUGACAUUGGUAUUGAUGACAAUAGGAGGGCAAGUCAGACUGAGUCAAGUGGAGCCAUGUUUCUCUUGGAGGAUCAAUACAAAGAAGAGCCCCUCUCCUUCAGCAGGGAAGAGAGUGAAAGAGAGGAAAGACUAGAUACACCUUUUUUGGAAAAGGGCUUUUCAUCCACAGACAUCAAAGACAACAAAAUGACCCAAGCUGCUGACUCCUGUUCUUUUUCUUUUAGUCUCAAAGAGGACAAACCUGAGAAAUCAGAGAAAGAGAUGACCUUGUCAGCCCCCCAAACAGUUGCAGAACGGGAAGAUACAAAUAAGAUAUCUGCCAGUGUAGAUAUCGGUGUAUCAGAUCAAUCACUGAGACAAGAAACAUCCUCCCCCUCAUGGAGGCCAUCAAACCUUAGCACCCAAACCUCAGAUACCGCCAUGCCUUUUGAAGAGUUUCACGAGAAAAAGACCACAGAGAAAGAGAAGGAAAAAACUUCUACUGAGUCAUCAAAAGACAAGAUUGAAACAUCUGAUGCUGAAAGAGAAAGUUCACCUUCUGGUCGGUACUCACCAGCAGAGAAAGACAUUUUACCUCAACAAGUUUCAGUCUGUGAGAGGGAGGAAACAGUAACUGAAUCAGUUGCUGCUCCUUUGGCCACAUUUUCAGGCCAUCAAAUAGAUGACAAUGUUCUUACAUCUGACAACAGUCAAAUUGGCGCCUGUAAGUCAAUGCUAGACUUGCCAGAGGGAAGGGCCACCUCAGAUAACAUGAUAGAUAAAAGGUUACUUGUGGAAGGGGAGGACUUCAAUGAUGAAGAUGAUGAAGAUGAAGAGGAGGAGGAAGAAGAGGAGGUCAGUGAUGUUGACAUGGAGAAAGGUGCCAGAGAGCCAUCUGAGAAGGAAAUAUGCAGGCAUAGCACAGACGAUGCCCCCACCUCCGAAUUAGAAGAGGACUCAAACAAAAGAUCUCAGUCAUCUGAAAAGAGUUCACGUAAAGAUGAAAAACUCUUUGGUGCUACAGCUGAUUUUGUGUCCACUUCUAAAGUUACAGAUAAGCAUGAAAGGGAUGAAAAAUCCCCAUCCCCUGAGGCAAGGCCUCUUACAAGGGAAAAAGAAUCCCUUGAAACAAAAUCUACUGAUACAUUCACCUCCACGCUGCCUGAGACCAAGAGUGAAUAUGUUGAAAAAAUGACCACAACACCAGAACCAAGUUCUAAAAAAGUGGAUGAAAUCUGUAAAAGCAAAUCAGAUGAUGCCACUGCCUCCAAAUCCUUUGAAAUAAUGAAAGAGGAAAUUGACAAAAUACCUGCGCCUGAAGCAAGUCCUCCCAAAAUGGAAGAAAUCUGUUUAACUUCUUCUACUGGUGCCACUACCCCCAAGGAAGAGGAAGGUAUGGAUGAGAAGCACAAGCCUGAACCAGCUCUCCUAAAGAAGGUCUCUGUGUCUGAGGAUGUCGCCUUCUCUCAAGUGGUAGACUCACAGAGAGAAUACAUGGUUUCUUCCUUACCAGAGUCAAGCUUUACAGCAAAAGAAGAACCAUCUAGACCAGUCCCUGCAAGCGGCUCAAUAAGCAGCCCUGUGCCUCUAGAUGAAACAGAAACAUUUUCCAAGCCUACAGUCAGUGCCUCCCCUCCCCAAACAGGCAGCUAUGCUGAUAUCGGAAGUAGCCUCUCAGGAGGAUAUCUGUCAGGAUCAUAUGCCCAUUCCUUCAGUGAGGACAGUAAAAUUGGAAAGGUGGUGGAAAGGGCAGAUACCCUUCUGUUCUCAGAGGUUCCCCCUAUCUCUAAGUCAAGCGAUGAUAAGCAAUCCAGUCAAGGAGAAGAGGUGGAGGAAUGUGCCGGAGCUAUGGUCAAAGAGGAACAGUCCCCUGUCACAGAUUCUACAAGUUCAAGUUUUGGAGGACUUCAGAGGGAUGAGUACAUGGAAGUGACAGAGCAACCUGAGCAGGAUCAAGACACAAAGGAGGAAAAGGUAGCGUUUAAAGAGGAGAAGAAAGCUGCAGAGAUCGAACCCCGAGAGAAGGACACCAAGGUCUGUGAAUCUAAAGAAAAAGAAGCUAGAGAGAGAGAGGAAAAGAGAGAGGUUGUUGAAGAGGCCAUUGAUUUCAAGGGGAAAAUAGAGGAAAAGUCAUUAGAGAAGACGAGCAAAGACACCACAGUAGCGGAGAAGAAAGAUACAACUGACCCCACAGAGUGUGAUGAAGAGGUUGAUAAAUUGGAAUGGGCAGAAACUGCUCAGGAGAAAAUAUUGGAGAUACCACAAGAGCGAAUGGAGGUAAGAAGGAAAAGUAGCAUAUCUGACUGGGAACUGCUUCAGAGGCCUGAGGACUGCCCCAGUGCCCCUCCUCCGGGUUAUGGUGAUGAUGAUGAUGAGGAAGAGGAGGAAGCCAUGGAAGCAAUGGAAUGGAUGUCCACUGUCCACAGCAGUGCUUUGUCCUCAGCAGAAGCAUCCCGUCAUACAGAGGCAUCCGGGAAAGCAGAUAUACAGUCUGAUCGUCCCUCUGACUUGUACACAGGAGCUACCUCCUCCUCCUUCUCUCCACCAGGCUACUCCUCCUGUGAAUAUAAACACCGCAAAGGAGAACUGUCUCCAUCUUUCAUCAACCCUAGUCCCCAUCAGCUCUCCAGCGAUGAGGGUGAAGAGGAUGGGCAAAGUGACAAAUCCAGGGAGGGGGAUGAGGAUGAACGUGAACAACACUCUCUAAAGCGGAGGUCUCACAAGCAGCGGCACCACCAUGUGCAGAGUCACCAUGAAGACAGUGGACAGAGUCCACAUCAGAUGCCAGGCGCCAUGUGUGCAACACUAGCUGGAGAAGAGACACCUCCAACAUCAGUGAGUGAGUCGCUGCCUUCGCAAUCUGAUUCCGAUGUACCUCCAGAAACUGAGGAGUGUCCAUCCAUUACAGCUGAAGGAAACUUGGACUCGGAUGAAGAUGCUGAACAUCUACCAGUAGACAAACUAUCAGCUUCUGGGGCUGGCGGGGGCCACCGACCCCUGUCACCUAGGUCAAAUCAGAAGGCUUCUGACCCUCUUCCAGCCCCAAUGAAGGACCCUCUCCCCCACCCACCACACCCAGAUGUGUGCAUGGUAGACCCAGAGUCUCUUCUCAAUGACUACAGCAGCACAGAAAAGCUUCUCACGAAGGAGCUUAAGUCCACUAAAGUCCUCAGAAAGGGUAAGCCAAAAUCAGCCUCUCCCGCUCAGAAGGGGGAGGUCAGGAAGAGGUCCUCCACCCCAGUGAAGACUACUUCCAAAGGCUCUGCCUCACCCCGCUCGGCCUCACUGAGAAGGAAGGAAACAGACAAAAGCUCCAGGCUGUCCAAGAUGUCUGAGAGCCAAGGGUCUAGGAGUGAGAUCCAAACUCCUGGGAAAGGCCUGGUCAAUGGUGUCAAAAGUAGUUCAGGUAACAAUUCCCAGAAGACUAGUUCAGCCGUCCCUCCUGGGCCACCCAUCUAUGUGGAUCUAGCCUAUGUGCCCAACCACUGCAGUGCCAAGAAUGUGGACCAGGAAUUCUUCAAGAGAGUGCGAGCUGCGUACUACGUAGUGAGUGGGAAUGACCCAGCCAGUGGAGAGCCCAGCCGUGGGGUUCUGGAUGCCUUGUUGGAGGGCAAAGCCCAAUGGGGUACCAAUCUACAGGUGACACUGAUUCCCACCCAUGACACAGAGGUGACCAGGGAUUGGUACCAGCAGACCCACGAGAAGCAGCAGGAUCUCAACAUCAUGGUUUUAGCCUCCAGCAGCACUGUGGUCAUGCAGGACGAGUCCUUCCCUGCCUGCAAGAUUGAGUUCUGA